CUGUCCUCCCUCACCGUUACACUCACACUCUCUCUUCUGCUAAACAAAACCCUAAAACCCUAAACUCUACUCCACAGAAAGAAGAAGAAGAAGAUGUUUGGGGUUGUUUUCCCCAACCGUAGCUUCCCAAUGGACAUCUCCUCCUUCUCCCAAAUCGACACUUUCCAUUGGGUCCUCGACAUGAACACCUUCGUAGGUGAGGCGUACGAUCAGGUUCGUGAAAUGUGCAUAUUCCUUUUAAACGGCUUCCAGCUGCCGGCGGACAAAGCCCUAGCCGUUUACAUCCAGUCUCCCGGCUCCGCCUUCCUCUUCUGCGGCGCCGUCACCGUCGCUCGCCCCUCGGCGGUGCUCGCCCUCCCCUGGCCGGAGCCCGGUGGCCAGCUCCAGCUCACCGCCGACGCCGCCCCACUCUCCGCCAAGAUCGGGGUCUCGGUCGAGGACCUGGCCACGCUGCCGUCUCUGGAUGUCACCGCCGAGAAGCGAAUCGAGCGUUUGGCGAUGAAGGUUGGGGAGAAUCUCUUCAAUUUUAUGCAGUCGUUCUGUGGCGUCGAUGGCUCCAAGCUGGUGGUGCCCAUGGAUAUAUUGGAUCGGUGGUUCAAGAAGUUCCAGGAGAGGGCUAAGCGAGACCCCGAGUACUUGAAGGGCUUCGUUUUGUAAUUCUGUAAGUCUUGCUUGUUCACUUUUUUCUUUUAACUCUAUCGACCUUUCUGUAAACUCUGAAUCCUUUCCACUCAAUCUUCUGUAGAAUUUUCACUUGUUAGGACUUUGCUUCUUUCAAUCUGACAGUGAGAAACCCCCAAAUUUGGGGAUCCGUGUGUGAAUUGUUUAAUCUUCUAUGAAUGACAUCUAUCUUGUUACAUUGAUUCAAAACCAUUUAUUUUCAUAAUAAACAAUGAAGAUUCGGAAAAAAAACCACGGGAUAUAACAGCAUGAUGCAGAGAAAGAGGCAAUGGAAUAUGAGAAACAGGCCAAUUCGGAAUCUCAUUCCUCCACUUCAUAUGAGCAUUAGAAAAGCUAAUGGCAGAUUUAGCUACCUGAUGUGCUAACAUUAACGUCUCUCGGAAUAUAUAUAUACCAGAAGAUGCACGGAAUUGCUUUAGUAAUCCAUUAAUCUCCUUGAUUAACCUUUACCUUUGUAAGUUGAGGUGAGUAACAAAUCUAGGACAUUAGGAUGCUGAUGAGCGUUAGUUGGCAUUCUCUGAUGAUAUGCAUGGUUUCUCGACUUUGGUUCAAUUGGUGAAGAUUUGCUAGCCUGCUGCGCUAUUGCUUCUUACUUAUAAGACCAAUACAUGUUCUUCAAGUACAAUUUUUAAUCCCUCAUAUUCUGUUUUUAAAAUUUUAAAGUAGCUCCUUUUUAGGAAAGAACAAACAUGCAAAAACGUGAUAGAGAUAGGUGGCUAUACCCUAUCAAAUGCGUGGAUAAGAAGACUCUAACUAUCUUAAAUGUCUCUUAUGGAUGCAAAAUUUUGACAAUCCUUCUCUUUUUCUUCUUGGCCCCUCUUGUGUCAAAAUUGUGCCCCAAUCUGAAGGUGUUGACUUGUAUUAGAGCUUGGGGAAGGAUUAGUACUUGUGAUAUGAUUUGGGGCAGGAUUAUAUAUGACUGUAGGGAUCAUUCUUUCCAUGAUUGGAAUGCUGUAGUGUUUUUGUCUGUUCUUUUUGCUGCCGUUUUAGGUAUCUCAUACAUUUACAGUUUGCUAGUUUUCAGAGGGACUUCUUGUACCUUGUACUAUUGUUUCUGUUCUUAUUUAAUGUUACUUUCCUAUAUAAAAAAAAGAAGCGAAACUUGUUUGUUUUGGGUGGUGUUGUUCAAUCUGCCCUAGCUGUCUCUUGAUAUAUAUCUGCAAUUCUUACAGUCUCAUGCUAGUAGAUUCGUAUCUUUUCGUAGUUAACUCAUUCUUUAUUUUCCUUUUUGUUAGCAAGUAGUGGCGGACUUGAUGAGAACCGGAAUUAAAUUAAACUUACAGAUUGUUUAGAUCUUGCAUCCUAUGUUCUAGUACCUGGAGAUGAGCAGUUUUUGAUAUGCCUGAAUAAAAAACACACGUCUGAGAGGUUCUCUAUUAAGUUAAGUUUGAUAUUCUCAUGAUCUAACUGUAUUGAGUGGAUUGAAAUGAGGGAUUUGGAUCUGCCUAUAGUUUAGAUGGUUUAACUGAACGUUAGAUGUAUCUUCUAUUAACAAUUCUCUCCAGUAGAGAACAGUUGUCAAAUCAUUCAUUUUUUUCCUUCAAACAUCUAAUUGAACUUUGGAUUUUCUUACUCUGUAAUUCCUUUUGAUGGAAAAAAAAAAAAAAAAAAACCAUUGUAAACUGCACAUCAAUUU